AUGCGGCUACCGAUACUGCUGCUACAGCCCAUUUUUCUCGCUGCAUUGGCGAACUUGGACCUCCCCGGGGCUGCGGCGCUCACGACCGUACUGGACCAGCGAGGAUUCCCGUUGCUCCAGGCGCCGGGAGCAGAGGACCACAGAUUUCCCAGGGGCGAAGACACUCAGACUUGCGGCCAAGGAAGCGGAGGUGGACUGCAACGGGUCGACUUAGUCCAUAUUGGCACGUUCGUUGUGCAACACGCAUCAACUGUUGUCAAGCCAUCAUCUUCUUCUCGGAGGUGGGGUGAGUCUACAACGAGCCAUCUGCCCGACAAUGUACUAGAAUUGCUCGCUGGACGUGAGGUUAGGACCCGGCCUGGAAGCGGCGAGAAUAAAGACGGUACUGACGGAGGGUCGGCGGCUAUCUCGCCUGGAGCGAUGGAGCCCUUGAUUUUGCUGAACGGACACGUCUGCACCAUUCUCUCACUAGGCGAACCAAGCAUUGGCGGUCUCGGAAGCGAAGGAGCCUACUUCCUGUUGCAAGAGCCGUACGCCUGGGAGUCUGACGAGGAAGCGGAAGGCUUCGUUUUGCCGCCGUGGAUGUGGGACGCCGUCGGCGGUGAAAUGGGUGGAGGAAGUUUGCUGAUGACACAGGCACCCAUCGCCAACAAUAUCGGGGGUUCGUCAUGUUGGCCUCCCCACCGGAAAGGCAACUACUCCGACCACAUCGCAAGCGUCGACGAAUACCGCGUCGGCAAGGGCAGCAGUAACAUCGGGCGAGAUGGAUGUUUCGAGCCUUUCCUGCAGCUAGCGUCGUGGGGGCAAGGGCGUUUCAAUCCCCUCGCCCAGUUCGCGUCCCGGGAGCUGCUGCUUGGAGGUGUCAGCGGAGGCGAAAGACGAAGCGCACCGACAGAAGCCCCGCUGGGCACCCGGCCAGCGGGAAAGAACACCACGGGCGGCAAUGUCAUGCAUGCCAUCCGCACAAGAGAGGGGGGCCUGAAGAUAGCCCCUGCCGGGGACCUCCACCUGCAGUCGGGGAUCGCCCGAGCCGGCGGAGAGGUGUUGGGCGGAGACGUGCACGUAGCGGCGAGAGGCGAGCACGGCUUGAUACGUCUUCGCUCCGGGUCACUGGAAUGGUCACCAGACUCACCGUCGCUGCCAGAUUGUCCUUCUUCUGAUUGCCAUCCCCGAGGCGCUGUAGCGUCGCUCAGGGUCGAUGACGGUACGCUGGAGGCUACCGGGUUCUCGGAAGCGUUAAGGCUAAGCUCGGCCAGAUCUUUCGAAGUAGCGAUCGCGGCUGCUAGCGAAGAGAAGAAGGAGGGAGGGCAAAACGAUGGUAUCGGGCACGGGCAGGGGGGCGGGGUGGGCGAGGGACCGCAUCAACACGGGUUUUCGUCGGGAUCAGGUUCAGAGACGAAGGCGGCGCUGCUGAAAGGGGACGCUGGGUCGUUGAACACGAGCGCGGGGGUGGUGAACGUCGAGGUGCAGGGAUCGUGGGUCAUCGCCAAAAAACUAGUGGCAUUUGGCUUGGCACAAGAACGCGCUCCGGGAGGGGGAUACCUCACCCUAACGGUCGAAACAGCUACGAUCGGAGGCCCGCAAGGCGGAGAGGGCGGAGGCGCAUUGCUCGAGGCUGAUGACGAGGUGCGGCUGCGAGUCAGCAACUCGUCUCUUCUCCGCGUUUCGGCCGCCGAGGUUUCCCUGCAGACCCCUGCUAUCGUCCUCCGCUCUUCUUCGCCACUCACGGCGGCGGCCGCGGGGAUGGGAGGAGCAGCGGCGGCCUCCAGCAACGGCGAUGGACGUGACCCCGCCCCCCUCCAACAGCCGCCGCCAACGACCGGCCGCCAAGACCCCGGCAUCCGCGGACCCGGCCCGACGGCAGCGGCGGAGCUGAGCCUGGAUGACAGCGGCGAUGUCGCGGUGGCCGCUUCGGGGUCCAUCGGAAUGGAAACCCCCGGUGCGUUCGUCCAGCUGUCCGGUCGCCGUAGCGGUGGAGACGGUCUGGCGGCGAGUGGACGCGACGACGGGGAGGGUCUUGAUCGUGGUGGGUUGCUCGUGGCUGAAGCCGGAGAUGUGCGGAUAAUAGCGUCGGCCGGAGUGUCCGUCGUUGCCACCGACGGAGAUGAUGCGCGGGCUUGUGCAGAACAGGGGGCGAGCAACGGGACAGCCGCCGCCGGCGGUCGCCUCGAGGUGUUCCCGGGAGGAGUCUCGGCGGCGGGAGCAUCGACGAGCCUUGACGCGUCGGAACGCGUCGCACUUCGAGUCGGCGGCCUAGCCAAGCGUCGCACUGCCGUCAGCUCUGAAAGCGAUGGGGGGGUGCAGUCGGCGGCGGAACGAGAGGAGGUGGAAUCGUCAGCGAUUGUAGAGUUGGGCGACUGGGGGGUUCGGGUGAGUCUGAGGUGGCUUUUGAAGCCUCUUUCCGUCACUGCUAUGUCUCUCCUGCUCAAGAGCAGCACGAUCCUCCUUAAUGCGGGAUCCCGGCUGGUCUUCGUGGCUCCCCAACUGGCAAUCUCGCACGUGGGAGGCGGAGGCGCCGGCGUGGGCGAAGAGGGGUCAGCAAGGAGACACAGAGCGGCGGGCUCCAGUACCAUAAUCGAAGAUCCUUUCAGCGAUGCCGGCGGCGGCGGCGGCGGCGGGCUGUGGUCGGACGGGUUGGCCCUGACAGGAAGGGCAGACGAAAGGGUGCUGCUGCAGGCCGGUUUAAGGUCUACGUCGGAGAGCGGCGGGAAAUUCGAGUCGGCAACCGCCGUCACAGCUGCAAAGAAGGCGCCCAAGACCGUGCCGGUAGUCAUAUCUCGGUCGAAGAGAGCUGGAUACACCUUUGUGCCGGAGGGGGUGGAGACAAUUCCCUGCCAGCACUAUCCUCGUCCCGAACGGCAUCGGCAACGGCAGAAUCAACGGCAGCGGAGACUGUCGCCCGAGGAGGAGGCGGGAGUGGGUGUACCGGUGGCCUCGGUGGCGGGGAAGGACCUUCGGCUUCGAGCGGAGGGAAGCAUCCAGAUCUCGUCCCCGAACGACACCUCCUUGUAUUCGCCGCGCGGCAUCCUUCUCUCGGGCUCAUCCCCCCGCAACGACGGCGGCGGCGGCGGCGGCGGCGAUGGAACCCCAUCGGCUGACCACAAGGAGAGCCCAUCGCUUGACGGGGCGGGACUCGGACGGAAGGGGCACAAUGGUCUAGGACUUGGGCAGGAGGAGGGGGGGCACGUACUCCUCGCGCCCGGGGCCGGGAGCGGGGUGGGGAUCGGCCGUGGUUUUUCGUCGCGACACUUGGCGAGGGCUGCAGCAGGGACUAUACCCACCCUGCUCUACGUGACAAACGCCACCGACCACCCUACCAGUCACCAGCGGCAGCGCAUGGCUCCCUCGCUCGAUGCUCUCGUUGCUAUGGAGUCCUCGGGCGGGGACGCAGGCGUGUCUGUGCUUUCACCUCGAGGAAGCGGCGGCCUGGAGGUUCGGCACCAUCUGGAGGGACCCGGGGGGGAUACGCUCGUGCUUGAGCUUGCCUCAAGUCCCGGCCGCGUCGUCGGCGACGCCCGUGGCAGGUGGGGCAUCGGUGCCGUGCCCGAUGCGGACGCCACGGGCGUGCCGCCACAGCUCUCGGCCGCGCUGCACGUGUUCGCCGCCGUUUCCCUGCCGACAGUGGCUGCGCCGUCGGGACUAGAGAGCGGGGAGCCGACCAUGCCACCGGUGGCCUCUGUCUUGGUGGAAUCGCCCGCAGGCUCUGCGGGAGUGAUGCAGAUGCUCAGCGUCGGCGGUAGUAGGAGUAGGCCGUCGGUGCCCGAGCUGUCUCCGGCCCCGGACAACACGAUAGUCCUCAGCUCGAGACAUUCAGGAGAUACCCAAGAGGGAAGCACGCACAACCAUUGGGUGAUGUCUCAGCUGGCUGCCGGCCGAGACAAGAAGGCAGGGUCAGCGUCCCGACCUCAGUGGACCGACCCCCAGGCGGACCAAUCCUCGUGGGCGGGAGGCAUGACCCUGACUCACGUCAUUGCAGGAUCUCCUGGAGGAGAUCACGGCGGCGUGGCGGCGAGGCCGGCGGUUGCCUUUGGAGUGGACGGGCGUGCGGGCUUCGGGACCUGCUCGACGGGAGCUAGGGUGACUGUCGGUGGCGCUCUGGUGGCCGAGCAGGUGCUCGUGUUGUCAGACGAGGGCAUGGUCAGAGACGUCGACAGCCUCGGGGCCCAGGGCAAGAGUCAAGCAAUGGAGGUCGUCCGAGAGGUGGACGUGGUGACCUUCGGCUGGACGAAGCAAGCCUCGUUAUCUUACGGCCUCGACCUAGAGGUUCGGCAGCUAGGGAUUAUUGCCCAGCAGGUGGAACGGGAGAAGAGAUCGGCAUCAUUGGCCUGGAGGGACGUAGCCACCGGGAGGAAGGCCGUGUCACAUUCACGGCUUCUCGCCACUCUUGUAGCCGCGUUUCAGCACCUUGACGCCUCCAUCCAAGCAAACGGGAUUAUUCGAGACGCUCGCCUUCAGGAGCUCGAAAGAGCGUCGGCCUCCGCGCAAGAGAGCUCUGAGCAUAUCUCCAACCGCUUGGGAGCGGUGGAAGCGAUGGCGAAAAGGGGGCUUGAUUCAUUGCUGGUGUGA